GUUGUGACGUAUUAACGUACGGACGUUGGUUGAAGCGGAAAUGACCUGAAGCUAAGCAUUUGACAGCAUCAAAAUAUUGAAAUCCUUUCGUUUUCAAAUCGUACAAUAUAAGAACACAUAUCAGAUAUUCAGUUACACAGAUUACGUUAACGAUUGGGUACUUAAAUUGCGUCGAUCAAGAUGGAGCAGGACACCAGCCCAGAGUCUGUGACCUCACCUCCUCCAGGUGCUGCCGCUAAGUCAAAGUUGGACACAUUGUCCAAAGAUGACCUCAUCAAGUUUGCCAAGAAGCAGAUGGCUGCCAUACAGAAGAUGAAGUCCAAAUGUGCAGUUUUGGAAAAGGAGGUUGAUACUCUCAAGUCUCAGCCAAAAGGCAAUUCAGGUGACUCCAUCAUACAGGAACUGACCGAGAGGAUGAGUGCCUUGCUGCUGGAAAAGGCUGAGACCCAGCAGAGUGUGGUGUUGCUGCGGAAGGAGAAUGAGAAGGUCAAGCACCGGGAACAGGAUGCAGUAGGGAAACUGGCCACCCUGCUGGGAGAGUUGGACCAGGCCAAGGAAGACCACCAGAAAAAAAUUGCAGCCUUGGAGAAGAGCUUAGACUCAUCCCAAGCCAAACACAAAGAAGAAGUUGAAUUCUUCCAGAGGCUUCUGAGGAAGAAAGAAGAGAAUGACAGAGAGAAAGAGAGUGAAAUAGAGAAAGAAAAGCAGAGAGAAAGGGAACACACAAACCAGAGUGUAGAAGCCGUUAGCUGCAGCCUGGAGUCACAGAUCCUGAGUCUGCAGACAGAGCUCGCUGCAGCCUUGGAGCAAAGCGCCCAGGUGGCUUCAACGCUGCAAGAAGACCACCAGAGGGCGCUGACAGAGGCCCAGCAGGAAGUAGAGAACCUGAGAGAGGAGUUGGCUCAACAUAGUGUGCAACAUGAAAAGGAGCUGAGAGCUCUGGAAGAGGACUUUGAGAUGGAGAAAGAGAGACUGCUACUCCUCCAAGAGGAGCUCAGUGAGCAGCUGGCUCUCAAAGACAGCUUCCUGCAGGAUGUGCAGGAAGAAGAGGGGGAGCCUAGCGGCCACAGCUCGGGGAUAGCCAGGAUGUUGGAGCUGUCUGGUUUAAGUCUGAUUGAUGCCAGUGAUGGAGAGACAGAGAGCGGACAGCUACGAUCCGCCCAGCAAUUCCAGAAUACCAUGCUGCAAGACGAGCUGACCUUCCUGGGCAAUGUGAAGACUGAACUGGAGGCGGAGCUUGAGAGGGUGAGGGAGGAGUUUCAUACAGAGAAGGAGGAACUACAGUUUAAAAUCGAAGAGUUGCUGAUGACCCGGGAGGUUGCGACCCCUAACCGUGAUCUUCUGAGCCUGGAAACCCCUAACCGUGACCUUCAGGAGGCUCAAGCUUUCACUCAGCUCCAGCAGAGCGGCCCACAGAGAGAUUCAGUGGACGGACUACCUGCCAGUCCUGCUAGCCGCUCCAGCCCCAGACAGAGCCUGUCCAGCCCUGUCCCUGGUGCAGCCCACCAGAGCCUGACCCUGCAAGAACAGCAGGGUCAGGCUCAGGAGCUGAGGUCCCAGUGUGAGUCCCUAGACAGGAGCCAGGCGGUGGCUGAGUACGAACACACCAGAGACAUCCUGAGAGGCCUGGAGACUGAGCUUGGUCAGAGGACCGGGGACUUCACCAGACAGUAUGAAGCUAUGAAGGAACAGGCGGCUUCUGCAGUCCAGGAGCUACAGGAGAGCGUCAGAAGGCUUACUGAGGAGCGAGAUGGUCUGGUGGAGAGGGUGAAAGGGUUCGAUGAAGACAGAGACAGCCUGUUGGAAAAGGUCCAGGGCCUGGAGAAGAGGCUGGAGAGCGUCCUAAAGCAGACACAGGCAGCCGAGGGGCUGAAGGAGCAGCUGCAGACGUCUAUGGAGGAGAAGACUGCGUUAGCCCUCAAGCUAAAGGACUCAGUAGAGGCACAGACAGUGUUAGCCUCUGAGCUAAAGGCAUCUCUUGAGGUGCAGACAGUGUUAGCUGUAGAGCUAAGGGCUUCAGUGGAGGAUCUGAGCAAGCAGAACGGGGAGAUCCUCUGUCAGCUACAGAUGAAGGAGAGUGCUGUUCAGGAGUUAGAGGAAACAGUCAAUGUGGUGAGCACAGAGAGAGACAGAACACUGUCAGCACUGCAGGACAGAGAGAUGGAGGUGAUGAGGCUGUGGGAGGAAAGAGAGAGGGAGGUGGAGGCGAGUCAAGGCCAAAGAGAGGAGGUGGCUGAGCUGCAGGCUCGUAUAGAGGAGUUAGAGAAGGAGAGGAGCCUGCUGAAGAGUAAUCUAGAGGUGGUGCAGAGGGAGAGGUCUAAGACUGUGCAGGGGAGCCCAGGGGAGGAGGUGGAGGAGCUGCAGGCUCGUAUAGAGGAGCUGGAGAAGGAGAGGAGCCUGCUGAAGAGUAAUCUAGAGGUGGUGCAGAGGGAGAGGUCUAAGACUGUGCAGGGGAGCCCAGGGGAGGAGCUGGAGGAGCUGCAGGCUCGUAUAGAGGAGCUGGAGAAGGAGAGGAGCCUGCUGAAGAGUAAUCUGGGGGAGGUGGUAGGAGAUACUGAAGCUCUACAGAAAGACCUAAGUGAGAUGAAACUGGCCAAUGAGAAGAUGAGAACAGAGAACCAAGUACUACUGACACAGGUCAGCCAGGCUACAGAGACACUGGCAGACAGAGAGAGGGAGGAAAAGGAGGGAAGAGAGACUGCGAGAGAGGAGGAAGAACAGGCGGAGAAGGAGAGGAGAGAGCUACAACAGCAGCUAACAGAGAAGGACACAGUGAUAUCUCAGCUGAGAAGUGAGAUGGCUGGCUUACUGUCUUCAGCCCCGUCUCCUGUCUCAGAGGAGAACACAGCCAAUGAGUUCACUGAGAAAAUCGCCCUGCUGGAGAAGGAAAGCAAAGAGAAGGAUGAGAGGAUGAAUAAGAUCAAGGCGGUGGCUGUGAAAGCCAGGAAGGAGCUGGACACCAGCAGGAAAGAGGCUGUGUCUCUGAAGGAGGAAGUGGAGGUGUUGAAGGCUGAGAGAGAGAGAGUGACCAGCUCAAUGAAAGACAUCAUCCAUGGAGCAGAGGGAUACAAGAACUUGCAGCUGGACUACGACAGGCAGACAGAGCAGCUGGAUAAGGAGAGAGAGACGGUGGAGGGAGCUGAGAAACAGAUCUCCGAGCUGACCAAACGACUAAACAACGCAGUACAACAGCAUGAACAGCUGUGGUCGGAGAGGGAGGACCUGAUGACCGAAUUGGAGACUCUGAGGAAUACGGUGAGACAGAUGGAAGGACAGACAGCAGAACUCCACAGACAGACAGACACCCUGAACAAAGACCUGCAGGCUGAGCGACUACUGAAGGAACAGAAGACAAAGGAGAUGUCGUCGUUGCAGAAGGAGGUGGAGGAGUUGACAGUUCAGCUCCGGAGACAGAAGCAGCAGUCUCAGCAGACAACACAGGAGCUGGAGCAGCUACGCAAGGAGGCCCAGCAGAGCUCGUUGUUGGACAUGGAGAUGGCAGACUAUGAACGCCUGGUCAAAGAACUCAACACCAAACUGUCAGAGAAGGACGUGUGUGUGGAGGAGCUGAAAACACAGAUACACACACACACACAGAAAGAAGACAUACUCAACCAGGAGAUCGAGGUUCUGAAGUCCCAGCUGGACCAGGGGGAGGAUAAGAGCUCCAAGAUGAAACAGCUGCUGGUGAAAACCAAGAAAGACCUGGCUGAUGCCAAGAGACAGGAAGCCAUUCAGAUGAUGACGCUGGCCUCUAUGAAGGGAGAGCUGGAGGCACAUCAACAGCAACUAGAGAACAACAAGAUCCAGUGCUGUGACCUGACUGCGGAGCGCCACAGACUGCAGGAGCAGCUGAGGACUCUGACUGAACAACAGCAGAGAACAAGCAGCUCCCUUCAACAGAGACUGACCACACUACAGCAGGAGGCUAACACUGCCAGGGCUGAGCUGUCAUCUGUCACUGCUGAGUUUGACAGCUAUAAGGUCAGAGUUCACAACGUCCUCAAACAACAGAAGAACAAAACCUCAGCACAGAGCGAUGUAGACGCCACUAAACAGGAGAGAGAGCAGAUGGAGUACUUGGUGGACCAGUAUAAAGCCAAGCUGCAGGACAGUCAGCAGAGUCUGGCGGUGAGCACUGCAGAACUACAACAGCUCCAGAUGGAACAUGACACACUGCUGGAACGACACAACAAGAUACUGCAGGAGACCGUUGCUAAAGAGGCCGAGCUCAGAGAGAGAUUCAUGUCUCUCCAGGCUGAGAUUAUGUCACUGCGAACAGAGCAUGCUCAGACGGUGGGUCAGCUGACCUCGCAGGCCGUGGCCCAGCGCUCAGGGUUCAGGGAGCAGAUCCGCCACCUUCAGGAUGAACACAGAACUACAGUAGAGACCCUGCAGAACCAGAUGACCCGGCUGGAGAACCAACUGUUUACACUGCAGAAACAGACCAGUCCAGCUCCAGUCCAGGCCAGUCGUAAGUCAGCGGUGGACCGCCGGCCCGUGGACCUUGGGGGAACGGGGGGGCUGGGCCUCAGUGAUCUCCAGUCCAUGGCUCGAGAGGAGGGGGAGGGCAUGGAGACCUCCGAGACAGAGUCCCUGUCAUCCACAUACCUACCCUCACUGGAGCGACUACUCACCUCCCCAGACCCCAAACAGGAGCCGUUUGUGUGGCAGGUGGAGCCGACUAAAGAGGAGUUGAAUCAGAAGUUGACCACAGCUACACGCAGUAUGGAACACAUGAACAGUCUACUGCAUGAGACCGAAGCUACUAACGCUGUUCUGAUGGAACAGGUCAAUCUGUUGAAGUCUGAAGUGCGUCGUCUGGAGCGUAACCAUGAGAGAGAGAAGAGUGUAGCCAACCUGGAGUAUCUGAAGAAUGUCCUCCUGCAGUUCAUCUUCCUGCAGUCAGGCAGCGAGAGACAGGCUCUACUCCCUGUCAUACACACCAUGUUACAACUCAGCCCUGAGGAGAAGAAUAAACUGGCUGCUAUCGCAAUGGGUGAAGAGGAGGUGGGAGGAGCUAGAGGCUCAGGAUGGACCUCCUACCUACACAGUUGGUCAGGCAUCAGAUGAACACACACACAUCAACCAAUGUCCUCUUUCUACCUGCCUUCACUUUCAUAUGGUCCAUAUGUCUGAUCAACUGAGUAAUUAAAAAGUCUUAAUAUAUUGAUGAUCAUCCAUCUACUUGAAAAAAAGCCAGUAGUCAGCAAUGCCAGUACUCUAUUUUUUUAGCUGAUGGUACGUUACUGAACCAUUUAUGGUGGGUUAAUUCACCAAUACCUCAGUCAUUACUGGGAUUAUUUUUAUGAGAUAGAUUUUGUUGCUUUGUAACAAUCAAUUCCAAGCAACACUUAUGUUUUACAAUAAUUCAUGAAGUGAACUAUGACUCUUGUUACAGAUUUGACCAUCUGUUUUCAUUGCUCACUCAUCAUAGGUCUGAUACAGGGCAGCAGGUAGCCUAGCAGUUAAAAGGCGCUGUAUGGUCAAUCCCACAUCUACAUUUGCCUUGCAGCAUUUAUGGUGAUAUGGCCUCUGCAGAAGGCAGGUAUUCAUACUCCUUGCGCUUCGCAGAACUGUUGUGAAGGAAGUUGUCAAUGAAGUGAGUUUGUGUUUAUACAGGACCUACCGUCAACCAAUUAUGUCAAUGCGGAGCUAUACUGAGCCCUCCACAUUGUUAAUACAUUUGGGAGGCGCACGGAAAUGUGGUACGGAGCUCAGUUUGGCCUGUUCAUGCCUCCGGAGGCUCCGCAAUUGCGUCACACCCUACAUACGGAGCCUUUGGAUCAACCACAAAUUUGCUUUAAGUGUGUUGUGCCAGUAACCAAAAGGUUGGUGGUUCGAAUCCCCGAGCCGACUAGGUGAAAAAUAUGUUGAUGUGCCCUUGAGCAAGGCACUUAAUUCGAAUUACUCCUGUAAGUCGCUCUGGAUAUGAGUGUCUGCUAAAUGAUAAAAACAUAUGUUCAAAUUCACACCUAUUUAAUUUAUUUUGAUGUAUCAAUAUCACAUACCAAAGGAUGCUCUGGUAAUAUAUAGGUACAUAAUCUGUAAUUGGGAACAACUUAACUAUAUGUAAAUAUACCCUGAGUGUACAGAACAUUAAGAACACCUUCCUAAUAUUGAGUUGCACCAUUUUUUUGCCCUUAGAACAGCCUGAAUUUGUAGGGGAAUGGACUCUACAAGAGAUGCUGGUCCAUUUUGACUCCAAUGCUUCACACAGUUGUGUCAAAUUGGCUGGAUGUCCUUUGGGUAGUGGACCAUUCUUGAUACACACUGCAAACUUGGGCGUGAAAAAUAACAGUAGCGUUGCAGUUCUUGACACACUCUAACCGGUGCGCCUGGCACCUACUACAAUAACCCGUUCAAAAGCUCUUAAAUCUUUUGUCUUGCCCAUUCACCCUCUAAAUGGCACACAUACACAAUCCAUGUCUCAAGGCUUAAAAGUCCUUCUUUAACAUGUCUCCUCCCCUUCAUCUACACUGAUUGAAGUGGAUUUAACAAGUGACAUCAAUAUGAGAUCAUAGCUUACACCUAGAUUCACCUGGUCAGUCUGUCAUGGAAAGAGCAGGUUUUACCAAUAUUUUGUACUCUGUGUAUAUGGUAAUUACUAUGUAUUUACUGUGUAAUUACCAUGUUUUUACAAUGUGGGGCUGCGUCUUUUCCAAUUUAACCAAACAUGCAGAAAUGGUUCUGGAUAUCAGUGGUUGGGUAAAAUGCCAGUCUCUGCUUUGCUCUGUAGUCGUAUGGUAGUGCUUUAUAUCUGAAAUUGCAUCCUAUUUCCCAUAUAUUGGAAAUAAGGGGGCAAACAUGAACUGGCACAUCUCUUACCCAGGGUGACAUGCUAAUAUCAUUGUUCUGUAUCAUUCCUAAGGCAGCUGCUUCUGCUUCUUAUUAAUGAACGAGGGAGGAUUGGGGGGACCAGUAAUACAUGGGAAUAACUGAAUGUACUUUUAAUUAAUCACUAGGGAAAGUAUUGUGUUAAUGAUGAACAUUUUAUUUUAAGAGAUUUAUUAGGCUAUAGUUUAAGAUUAAACAUGGUUAUUGAUUUUUGUAGUACACUGGUGAGGGUUUCCAGUCCUCACAGUUUGGUUGAUGUCUUGUCGUAUUCUGGGUAAGAAGUGUUUUACAAAAGGACAAAUAAGUCCAAAUAUAAGCUUACGUUUUAGACCUACCAUUUUAUGAAGAGAAGACCUGCAAUAAGGAGCCUAACCACAAUCCUUAUUAUUUAACUGUGAAUACACAUGUCAAUUGAAAUAAAUAUUUACUGUGUUAAAGAUUUUAGUUGAUUAAAUAAAGUGAUCUGGAGUGAAAAUGUCCAUUAUAACACACACUCA